GUUCUUCUUCCCCUCCCCCUCCCUUCCACUCCUCCAACAUGGCGGCGGCCAGGCGGCUCAAACGCGUGGCGGUAACGCAACCCGGAUUUUUAACUUUAAAACCCAAUAAAGCCCCUUCAGACUUGGUCAGUAGUCGGCGAAAACGUGUCAGUAAGAAUAAGAAAAAGAACUGGAACAAACACAGCGAUAUAAAUGAUGUACAGGACUUCUUAGAUGAUGUCAGGCACCAAGAGAGGACCACAGGGGGUUUGUUGUCUGAGAAGUCAGACGACAGUUUGUUCUUCGUAGAUCUUGGACAGCCAGAGAAACCUGAGCCAAAGGUGACAGAGCCCGUCGACGAAAAAGGGAGAAAACGGAAAACGCACCGUCCUCUCAGGAUAGACCUGAUCCUUCAGCAUGACUCCAUCAUCCCACCUCCUAAAGAUGUGCUGGCUUACCAGCAACCAAAUGCUAAGAAACUCCGUCGCAUUGCCCAGAAGGCUGAACAUCUGGCAGCCAAAGGCGUGGUGCCCCGAAGACAGAAACGGCUGCUGAACAGACAACCUAUCGACAAGACAGUCAAGAACACAGCGACAGAGGCCAACAACAACCCAGACAGAGCUUAUUAUGACAUAUGGGGAAAAGAAGAGAAAGAUCCAGCUGGUCCCUGCCAUCCACAACAAAUGAGCAAAAAGAAUGUUAAGCGUCCACAGGCACUGUAUGAGAAGCCAUCGGUGCUCCCAGCUGUGGAGGUGAUCGCUCCCGGAGGAUCUUACAACCCAGACUUCUUCUCCCACCAGGCACUUCUUCAGGAGGCCCAUGAGGUGGAGGUCAAGAGACAAAAGCAAGAAGACAAAAUCCAGAGACAGGUGGCUGUCAACCAUGCAGACAAGGCUACACAGGAAACAGUCUUGCAUGAGCAGGUGGAAGGUUUGGUGGAGGAUGAGAAUGACCAACAAGAGGCAGUUCCUAACGAGGACGAUGAAGACACGGUAUUGGCUGCCAUCGCAGUAGCUGCGAAGAAGAGUGAGAAACAGAGGAAACGAGAGAGAGCAGAAAAAGUGAAGGAGCAACGGCGACUGGCCGGCAAACACAAGACCCAGCAGCACCAGCAGCUCUUCCAGCUUCGCUCCAUAAAGACCUCCAUCAAACAGCAAGAGCUGGACACCAAGGCCAAUGUAGUGAAACGCAAGGCCAAGCAGGAGGCCCAGAAAGCUCUGCCCAGACGCCUUGGCAAACUCAAGUUCCAGGCUCAAGACAUGGAGGUUCAGCUGAGCGAUGAGCUGGCGGGCUCCCUGCGACGACUCAAGCCAGAGGGCAGCGUCCUCAAAGACCGGUUCAAGAGUCUGCAGAAGAGGAACCUCAUCGAACCCAGAGAGAGAAUCAAGUUCAAGAGGGGACUGAAGGUGAAGUACACGGAGAAGAGGGCUUUCAAAGAGAUCACAUAAUCACCUGCACCGAUGUUCAAUAAAGCAUGACAAAACAA